UGAACUUUGAAACUCUCGACCAAAAACCAGACCUUUUUCCUCCUCCUUCUAGGGUUUUAGAAUUUUAUAGUACUCCCUCUUUGUAUCCAACGCUUAGCUAAACCCCUAUUAUCUUCUCUGUUUCUAAGGCGUAUUUAAAAUACCUGUCAUAAGAAGCCAUCGUAUCUUGGCUAACCGCGGAGAAAGGAACAAAGCAGCUCCAAACUACAAUCAGAGGUAUCAAUUCCACAACCUGCUCUGUACAGUUCUAAACUUCUAAUUGCACCAUAAAGAAACCAUCUUUUGCUGAACAAUUGUUCAUUAAUCUGAUCCUUCCAAUGUAUUUGUGCAAAAAAUGAAAGACCCAUGAAAUUUUCUUGGACACUUGUUCAUUUGCAUAAGCUUUAUAAGCUAAAUAUCAUAGGAGUAUUUUUUUUUCCUUUAGUCCAGAAAUCAGAAUCUAUUGUUUGCUAACUUGAGAUGCUAAUUCGAAAAAUCCGCAAAAGUGUAUCUUGGAAAAUGAUAUCUCAGCUCAAUCACCUAUUUAUUUCUCCUAUUUAUGAAAAAGGUUCUAAUUCUCAUAGCCCCCAGAAUUUUUCAUCUUUGAAUAUUAGAUGCUUUCGUAGUUCACAUAAUCCUAAGGUGUCUGUCCCCGAAUCUACAACUCAAACACCCAUUUCCCUUGUUGUCAAUAAAAUCUCGCGGGUUACAAGAACUGAUGCACAAGCAGCUCUCUUUGAUUACUUGCAUUGUACAAGAGGGUUUAAUUAUGUGGAUGCCGAACAUAUUAGCAAGAACUCGCCUCAUUUUCUUCAAAGCUUGCUAUCCAAGGUUGAUAAUGAUCAAGACAUAACGAGGGCGUUGACACGUUUCUUUAGAUACCAUCCUAUUAAUGAGUUCGAGCCAUUUUUGGAAAGCUUGGGGUUGAGCCAAUCCGAGCUUACAUCUAUGCUUCCGCGAAAUUUGAUGUUUUUGAGUGAUGACAGUGUCUUGCUUGAUAAUUAUCAUGUUCUUUGUGAUUAUGGCAUCCCUCGAGUUAAAAUGGGGAAGAUUUAUAAGGAAGCGAGUGAGAUAUUCGGAUAUGACUAUGGAGUAUUGGAUAUGAAGUUGAGGGCUUAUGAGAAAUUGGGUUUGAGCAGAUCAACGGUUAUAAAGUUGGUGACUUGUUCGCCUACUCUUUUGCUUGGUGAGAUGAAUAGUGAACUUAUUAAGGUUCUUGAGAAAUUGAAAAUCUUAGGAUUUGAAAAUGAUUGGAUCGGUGGAUACUUAUCCAACAGGCACUCCUACAAUUGGGGUAGAAUGCUUCAUACGUUGCAUUUUCUCAAUGAAGUAGGAUAUAGUGAUGAAAAGAUGGCGUCUUUGUUUAAGAUGAACCCUGCAUUCUUAUUUGAAGGCUCUGGGAAACGGAUUUAUGUAUUGGUUGGGCAAUUACUGAAGUUGGGUCUUAAAAUGAAUGAUAUAUACUCACUAUUCUGUCAAAAUCCUAAUAUCCUAUCUCUGAAGUGUGCUAAAAAUCUCUGGCAGGCAUUGUACUUCUUGUUGGAAAUAGGAUUAGAGACCGAAAUUAUUGCAAAUAUUGUAUCUAUACAUAUACAACUUCUGGGGUCACAUUCUCUGAAGGGACCAAAGACCGUUUUGAGGGGCUUCAAGGGUGACAAGUGUCGUUUAUGUGAAACUAUAAAAGAGGAUCCUUUGAAUUUAUUCAGAUUAGCCUCAAAAUCAAAAGUUAGCUUGGAGCAGAUGACUUCCCAGAACCCAGGAAAAUUAUUUGAGAAAACUACUUUCUUGUUGAGAUUAGGUUACUUAGAAAAUUCAGAUGAGAUGGCAAAAGCUUUAAAGCAGUUCCGUGGACGAGGAGACCAGUUACAAGAGAGGUUUGAUUGCCUGGUAAAUGCUGGUCUGGACUGCAAUGUUGUAAUUAAUAUGAUUAAACAGGCCCCCACGGCGCUGAACCAGAGCAAAAAUGUGCUUGAGAAGAAAAUUGAUCUAUUGAAAACAUAUUUAGGUUAUCCAGUGGAAUCGAUUGCGUCAUUUCCAUCUUACCUCUGCUAUGAUGUUGACAGAGUCCAUCUUCGGUUUUCAAUGUAUGCAUGGCUGAAGCAAAAGGGUGCUGCAAAACCAACAUUGUCAGUUGUCCUGCGUGAGCCAUGCCCCAUUCAUGGCAAUCCAGCCAAAAACUUCAGCUCCUUCAUAUUAUUCUCCAAGGCCGGUAUCUUUCACAUUUGGCUUCUUUGGUAGAACAUUCUAACCUUAAAUAAAUCUAUCCUUUUCCCCUUCCCAAACCAAUUUAUCCUGUUUAUAAUGUAUCAAAUCAAUCGCAAUUCUCCAAUUUACUUUAAUUGACUCACUCUUUCAUACUUCCCUUUCUAUAAUUAGCAAUGAUUGCUCCCUUGCUCCUCACUAUGCAGUAUACAUCUGGGAAUAACUGUUUUAAGUUUUGGUGUCUCUAAACUCUAGAGGUCAAUCUACAGUCUUGUCUUCCUUGCAUCUUCCACUCAGACAUGUACUAGUUUAGAGAACUCCUUCCAUAGACAGCUAAUGGUUCUCUCCAUAAUUCCAUGUGUUGGUGGUUUGUCUUGUGCAUCAGUUCCCCUGCAUUCGUACUUGGCGAAGAUUACUUUCCUCCAUAGGGCCGCUGUAUGAAGUCUCAUGGUUUCCUUGCGUAGUUAAUCUAGUCUCUUCACCAAAUUGAUUGUUCUAGAUUUACUUACCUAUGUGACGAGUUACUCUGAAGUUGGCCUAUUUGGUGAUGGAUAUAGGCUUUGUAAAUAUGUAGCAGAAACAACCCAACAUAAUGCCAUUUGUAAACAUAUUUUUUACUUCUGUCUGCAUUAAUGCUUCACUUAGGUUAUCUUGUUCAGGUUAAGGUUUGCCCAGAACUUAUUAUAUAUCCGGGGAACCAUUUAUGUAGUCUUGUCUUUGAUGUAGUGUAACUAAUUGCCAUUCAAGGUUUGGGAAAAAAUUACUGCGUUUUCUCCCG